AUGAUUAAUUAGUAGGAUAAACCCAACCAACUUAAUAUUUUAGAUGAGUUUCAUCUAACUUUUAUAAUUAACUUAUACUCUAGUAUAUGGGCUAUACAUCUGCAAAUUAUUGAAUAAUAUUAUUAUCAGAUUGAUAAUAAUUUGUCUUAGGAAUAAAAAAAUUUAGCUCUUAUUAUUAUUCAAUGGGUAAGUGUAAAAUCUAUUUUAAUUAUUAUGGUGAUUCAUCUUAUGAAUUAGUUAUAUUUUUAUCAGCUUAUUCAGAUUAAUUUUAUUAGAUAGUUUAUUAUGUCUCUUCUUCUAUUAAAGUAUUCAUACUAUCUUGUUAAUUAUUUGGUACCUCGUUGUUGUCUUGCAUAGUUUACUUUCUUUAUGGCUAUUCUAAUUCACUGA